ACAUCAAGCAAGUCAAAUGGGAGGAGGACAGAUUGUCGCGGUUGGCGCCUCGGUUUUACUUGUAGUUGGAGUAUGCGUUGGUGUCAUAGCAGGAGGUUUGAGUGGCAAUGGUUCAGAUGAUAUUGAUGGUUAUCAUAAUCUUUCUACAAGUUCAAAGGCUAUUGCUGCUGUUUGUGGGCCAACUGAUUUUAAGGAAGCUUGUUUUAACAGUGUGAAUUCGGCUGCCAACAAUAAGAGUGCUACGCCAAAGGACUUCAUCCAGGCUGCUAUUCAAUCUACAAUCCGUGUGGUGGAAGAGGCAAGGAAAAAGACAGGAUCAGUGUUUGACAGAAAUGAUGAGAGUCAGAAAAUGGCAGAGGAAGACUGUGAAGAAUUGUUGGAUUUUGCUGUUGAUGAGUUAAAAGCUUCCCAUUCAGCGGUUGGUCAAAGUGACUUGCAGUCUUUGGAUCAAAGGAAGAAUGAGAUUCUGAAUUGGUUAAGUGCUGUAAUAUCUUAUCAACAGACAUGCAUUGAUGGGGUGAAUCAGCCAGAAUUGAAGAAUAAAAUGUCUAAUGAGAUUCUUCAUAAUGCAACUCAGUUGACAAGUAAUGCCUUGGCUAUUGUUUCUUCCAUUUCAGGGAUCAUAAACACAUUCCAUCCGCCUAUGAACAACACUACACCUUCUCGGCGACUUUUAGGUUUAUCAGAAAAUGGUAGUGGAAAAUUCCCUGAAUGGCUUUCAGCUUCAGACAGGAAGUUAUUAGAAAUCAAUGACAAUGCUCAACCGACUCCUAAUGCAGUCGUGGCUCAAGAUGGUAGUGGACAAUAUAAAACCAUUAGUGAAGCCCUUGAUGCAUAUCCCAAAGACCUGAAAGGGAGAUAUGUUAUAUAUGUGAAGGCUGGAAUUUAUGAAGAGUACAUUACUGUAAACAAAGAUCAAGUUAAUGUGUUCAUGCAUGGUGAUGGACCUCGGAAGACAAUCAUUACAGGAAAUAAAAACAACCGUGAGGGUGUCUCAACAUAUAGGACUGCAACCUUCUCUGCAGUUGGGACUGGAUUCAUUGCAAAGUUAAUUGGGUUUCAAAACACAGCUGGAUCAGAAGGGCACCAGGCAGUGGCACUCCGAGUUCAGUCAGACAUGUCAGCCUUCUACCAAUGCAGAAUGGAUGGGCACCAGGACACAUUGUAUACCCAAACUCAUCGUCAAUUCUAUCACAACUGUGUCAUCUCUGGAACUGUUGAUUUCAUCUUCGGUGACGCUGCUGCAGUCAUCCAGAGCUCUUUAAUCAUUGUAAGGAAGCCAAUGGAUGGCCAGCAGAACACAAUAACUGCUCAAGGACGAUCAGACAAACGUGAAACCACUGGCUUGGUAAUCCAACACUGCCGCAUCGUCCCAGAGCAGAAACUGUUUCCAUUAAGAUUCAAGAUCCCCACUUACUUGGGUAGACCCUGGAAGUUAUUCUCAAGAACUGUUAUCAUGGAAUCAGAAAUAGGAGAUUGCAUUCAGCCAGCAGGGUGGCUGCCAUGGGAUGGGACCUUUGCACUGGACACGCUGUACUAUGCAGAAUUUGCAAACCAAGGCCCCGGGGCUGUGACAAAUAAAAGAGUCAAUUGGCUGGGAUACCAUGUCAUAACAAACAGAAAUGAAGCAGUUCAAUUUACAGCAGGUUCAUUUAUCCAAGGAGGUCUGUGGUUGAAAGACACAGGAUCACCUUUCUUACUAGGUCUCACACUUUUAGCAACUCAAAACCAAAUUAAAUUUAAGUCGUAGAGUUUGGAAGGUGAUAAGAUAGUAUCAUAAGCCUCUUCAUACUUCAUGUAUCCUUUCAGUGGAAAUUUUGUCAGACUUCAUCGUUUUUUCCAUUUGUGGAUGUAAAAAGUUGAAUACAAUGUAU